CAUUUCACAGAUGUUCGGAGCGUUGACUGUUGAUGUUGUCUUAACUGUAGUGGGGCGUUGAGCUUCACGCUAACGCUUUGUUUUGUUAUGACUCCUGUCUGUUCUUUGUGUUCAGUUUUGUGCGCGGUGUAUCUUGUUUAACGCGAAGUCUUAUAAAAUGUGUGCCAUGUUAAAAAUUUUGUGAAUUGUAUUAUGAUCAGUCGGAAAAUAUUUUCGACUGAAGGAAAUCCAAAUUUCGUUGGAAUUCGGCCUAGGAAUGUUAAAAGCACUUGUGGGUACACGAAGCUCUCAACAAAUGAGAGCUUUUCCGACAGUAAGUUCUUCACCCCAACAUGCUGUCAUUCCUGCUCAAUCUUUUUUUCAUCCUACCGUAAAUCCACAAGAUACAAAACCCGACAGACCGAUCGGCUACGGCACUUUCGGAGUCGUUUGGUCUGUCACAGAUCCUCGUGAUGGAAAGCUGGUGGCGCUCAAGAAAAUGCCAAACGUCUUCCAAAACUUGGUGUCUAGUAAACGAGUCUACAGGGAAAUAAAGAUGCUUUGCUUCUUCAAACAUGAAAAUGUUCUGUCUGCUCUCGAUUUGCUGCAACCUCAGAAUUUGGAAACUUUUCAAGAAAUUUAUGUGAUUACAGAACUUAUGCAAAGUGAUUUGCAUAAAAUUAUUGUGUCGCCUCAACCUCUUAGUACAGACCAUAUCAAAGUUUUUUUGUACCAGAUUCUGAGAGGCCUCAAGUAUCUUCAUUCUUCUAAUAUUUUGCAUCGAGAUAUUAAACCUGGAAAUUUAUUAGUUAACAGCAAUUGUGUCUUAAAGAUAUGUGAUUUUGGCCUUGCAAGAGUUGCAGAAACGAACAGCAAAAAGCACAUGACCCUAGAAGUUGUUACGCAGUAUUAUCGAGCUCCAGAACUUUUGAUGGGAGCUAAGCAUUAUUCUUAUGCUGUUGACAUCUGGUCUGUAGGUUGUAUCUUUGCUGAACUCUUAAGCCGACGAAUCUUAUUUCAGGCACAGUCUCCUAUUCAACAGCUUGAACUUAUUACUGAUCUCCUUGGUACACCAACUAGAGCAGAUAUGAAAUAUGCAUGUGAAGGUGCUAUUAAACAUAUCAAUAGUAGACCUCACAAAAUGGCUUCACUGUGUAAAUUAUAUUUAUUAUCAUCUCAUGCUUCACCUGAAGCUGUGCAUCUUCUAACUAGAAUGCUUCAGUUUAAUCCAGACAACAGAACAACGGCUCAAGAGGCUCUGAGUCAUGCUUAUCUUGAUGAAGGAAGACUUAGAUACCAUUCUUGUAUGUGCAGUUGUUGUCUAACCACCGCUGCCGGCCGUCUCUACACUGAUGAUUUUGAACCUGUGGCUCAUCAGCGGUUUGAUGACUCAUUCGAAAGAAAUCUUGUAUCUGUUAAUCAAGUCAAAGCGGAGUUGCACACUUUUAUACAUGAACAUUGUCGAAGAUCUCGACGAGUUCCAUUAUGCAUCAAUCCACAAUCAGCAGCCUUUACCAGCUUUACUAGCUCAACUGUUGCUCAUCCAUCUGAAUUACCACCUUCUCCUCAUCAGUGGGAAUAAUUGUUUUUAACUAAAGAAUAAGCCAAAUGAAAAUUUUCAUUCAAUACUACUGUGAUGCAAUGUUCUAGGAUGAAUGAAUUCUAGGUGGUAAUGCAAGAUAUUGUGUUCACUUAUGUUUACUUCCACAUUAAAUCUGUUUUAAUUUAUAUUUUGUGGCUAGAGGCAGGAAAUAUGAUGCACCCUGGUAAUUCUUAGAAUAAGUAUAAUUGCUUAUUUGUGUAUGAUCUGGUAUUGUGUGUUGAAACCAAAACUCUUGUUUAGUAACGUCUUUCCUUAAAUGGUUCCAUUUGAGCACCUAUAUGAACAAUUUCCAACUGCCACAUGACAUUUUUUUAAACAAAAAUGUAUCUCUUGCAAUGUUAUGAUUGCUCUAUGGCCUUGUAUAGCCUUAUAAGGGUGUGUUUGUAGAUAUGUUCACCUAGACUUAUCUUUAUUCAUUAAUCACCUGUGUUUGACUGUGGAAUUUUAACUAUAUGACAGUUCAGAAUUUAAGGAGAUAAGAAUUAUUUUUAUAAAUAGACUGUAAUAUUCAUUUUACAUGCCUUCAAAUGCAAAACAAUUGUGGCUUACAUCAAUUGAUUUGUUGUUAAAUAAGUACAUUAAUGGUAUAAAGAUAUAUUUAUGCAAUAUAAAUUACUAGGUAAUUAUGAAUUCUGUUUCUCUUCUGAAAGCACCAUUGGCCUAUAAGGUUCUCUUCUGAAAGCACCAUUGGCCUAUAAGGGUGCAGUAUUGAUAUUUAAUGCUAUGUGAUAAGACACUGAACUUGUGAAAGUGUGACAUUUAAUUUUAUUUGCUUUAAAUGUUUUUAUUUUUGAAAUGUGGUACAUUUUCUUUGUUGCUACAGCAUGAUUUUGUUAAUGUUUUUGCAUUGUUGAUGAUCAAUAAUUAUAUCAAGCACAAAAAAAGCAAUGUUUUUAUUGUUUGUUUGCUUUAAAAUUAGCUUGUUGAAUUUGCAUAAACGGAAUUAGUGAUAGAAGAGUAUGCAAUCAAAGUUGUUGCUGUAGUGUAUUUCAAUAAUUAUUUCCCAGUUAUUUCUUGCUACUGAAUUUUAAAAAAUUGCAUUUUGAGCUUUUUUAAUCUCAACAAAACCUGAAAAAAUUGUUUAAAUUAAAAUCAUUUUAUUAUUUAUGUAAUUAAAAAGAAUCCCAUAAAGUGUGCUUUUGUAUAGAAUAUUGAGUUUACAAUUUUCUUGUGUGAAACUGCUAAAUGUUUAUAAAAUAUUAUCUUGUUACAACAUAAUAGCUCUUAACAAUCUCCAUUAUAACCUCAAACAUACAUGCGCACAUUGUGUCAGAUGGCCUUUGAAAUAUAAAAGUACUUUUAAUAUUUAUUUUUAGGUAUAUGAAUCCUGGAAAAUGUAUAAUCAUUAUUAUAAGACUUUGGUUGGUUGAUUAGUUAAUUAUGCUUUAAUAAUUUAAAGAAAGCAGCUGAUAUAUUUUUCAAAAUUCAGAAAAUGUUAUAGUAAAUUGACUGUCCUACUAAUAUCUUAUUUUAAGCUGCAGUGAUAACUUCAUUGACAACUACUUAUUCUUUUAAUCUGUUAAUGAAUAGUAAGUAGAGCAUUAAAAAUCUAAAAUAAAAUUUCAAUGUAUCCAAAAUUUAAAAUAUUUCUGGUGCAGAAUUCAGUUUAACAAUAGUAUAUUUAGUUAAAUUUAUUUUGAAGAGUGUCUGUAUUGUUCUAAUUCAUGUGAAAGAAACCAUCAACAAAAAUGCAUAAUGUUUAGAUAAUUUGUACUGAACAUAGUUGUAAAUUUUCUGGGUUUUUGAUGCUCUGCUGAUUAUUUUUUAUAUAUAUGCAAACCCACAAGGUUUUUGCAUAGUAAAACAUAAUCAGUUUUAAUAUGUUGUAUUUCAUUUUAUAUUUUUUACAAAAUAUCCUUCGAAUUCUAAUCAGAAAAAAAUAAUUUGCAUUAAUAUCUCUUCAUGCUUUUUGCCAUUCAGUCAUGUACUGCACUAUUAAGCUUAGCAUAAAACUAUUACCCAUAAUUCAUGUGUAAAAACAUCACUGCCACCAAGCCAAGAAACUUUUGUAAAUAAUUUGUUAAGAAGUGUUUCUGUAAAUAUGUUAAUACCUCAAUAUACUGGAAUACAAGUACUGCUAUGAACUUUUAUAUUUUAUUUAUAACUGGACCUUUUGUGAUAAUAGUAUUCAUGUAAUUUAACUGAAUUUAAACUAUCCAUAAGAAGUCAUUCUGCUCAGUCUUUAAUUGAAUCUGUGGUAUUUUUUAAUGUAUAGCUAAGGAAAGCCGUUUUCCUUUUAUGUAUGGUUUCAAAUCCUUUGCCAAUUUUAGGAAUAAUUUUUAUUCCUUUCACAUAUUCCAAACUAUUUUGUGUUAUACGUAAUCCAUAUAUGUUUCAGUGCUGUCCCAUGAUGUAUUAGUUUUCUUGUGGUUUUCCUUAGUGUUACUGUGUGCCACUUAUUUAUUUAAACUGUAGUGGCAUUACUUCAAAAACUGAAUAUGUAUCUUUUUAUAUUAAAGUAGAUUAGCUCAAACUUCUUCAGGGAAUUAGUGUCAUGUGAAUCUGACAUUCUAGCUUUUGUCUCAAAUUUUUAGUUAUGUACUUGUGGUGUAAACAUUUUAAUAAAGCUAAAUUUGAAA